AUGGCAGCAGAACAGUUGGAGGAAAAAUGUAAGAAAGACGAAAUGACCAGGGUCCUUCUAGAGAAUCUACAAACUACACAUAUAUCUGACUCUAUAAGGCAAAGCAAAACCACACAAUCUGGCUUAUAUGAAGGAGCUCUGAAUGGCUUUAUGAGAAGCAUGUUUCAUUUGUGGCACUUGGCAUUGUUAUUCUCCCUUAUGGCAUUAUGUCUGGGUCUCCAUUCAGGAGCAUUACUUGAGCUGGAUCGCUGUGUCUUAGAAAAUGUUGUGACUGACAUUUUGACAAGUAAAGAAAUUUUGGAUAAAAUGUCAAAUAUACCAACAGCUAAGAAAGCCAUAGGCAAAAAGGGUAAAAGCCCAGUCAAAGGAAUAUCACAAAUUAAGGUGGAUGACCUAAAAUUCACAGAAAUCUCUCUGGAUAUUGUACCUGGUGCUGGCAUUAAGAUGUCAGUAACAAACAAGAUUGCAUUAAGUGGAAAAAGCUUCCUUGGUGGGAGGGUAGAAAUGAAGAUGUCAGUAAAUAUUAAAACUACUACAAGUCUCAAGAAGGACAACUCCAGCUGUCCUAAAUUAGUAAAGGAAUCAUGUGAUACCAACCUCCUUGACGUUAAAGCUAAUUUGCCAAAAGGAAUUUUGCCGAAUGUGAUGAAUAAUUUCCUGGAUAAAAACCUGAAAACUCUUUUGCCCACGACGGUUUGUCCAUCAGUGGAUAUAAUACUUUCUUCCGUAAAUGAAAAAUUAUGCUUACAAGACACCAGAUACCCAUUUGGAAAAUCUGAAAAUCUCAAAUACGUGAUGUCCAAUUUUCCAGAAGUGACAGCGGACCACUUUGUGUAUGAGCUAAAUGGUACAGUUCAGCAUGGAGAAACCAUUAUUGAAUCACCUGAAGCUUCUGAGCUUACUGAAGACAAUGUAUUUUCUACAAAUCCUGGAGAUACGUCACUAAUUCUGUCAGCUGAUUUUCUGGGACGUGUGUUUACAGCACUACAAAAAGAAGGGACAUUUAAUGUCUUUGUUACUGAAAGUGAUCUGACAGAUUCAGGAGCAAUGUCUCCAUCUAUGCUAACUGAAAUAAUUCCUGAGCUUCCACUUGACGUACAAGAUUACACAAUAAAUAUUACUGUAGAUGAACCAACAAUGGUUACAUUGAACCCAUCCAAAUCACUAUUACAUAUUUACUCUACCUUUGAAGUGUCUGCAUCCUUCCCAGAAUCAGAACCCGAGGCACUGUUUGUGGUGCAAGUGCAUAUGAACUUCAGAAUGCAGUUUUCAGCUGAUGAUACAAAUGUGCAUGCUGUAGCUGCGCUAGACAGAUUCCAUCUAUGA